CAGGAGAGGAGUGGGAAAUAACUUCUUCACCCCACAACACUCUCAGUCUAAAUAUAAGUUGGACAAUGAGUUUGAGCUUGUGUUUGUGGUGGGUUUUCAAGCGAAUCUGAUGCUGAAGUACGUGGACAAGUUCAUAGAUGAUGUCCAACUCCACUUCAGGGAUCGAUACAAGAAUGAGCUGGAGCAGAGAGGAGCUCUAAAGUUUCUGCUCAAUAAUUAUGAGUUUGGAGAUGACUUCCACAGACUUCUGCGGGAGGCGGAGGAAAAGCAGCAAAGCCAAGGGCCCCGCCAGUAUGAGGACUUUUGAACAGUCCCAGAAAUCCAAGAAAACUGUGAAGUCUAUGAUCGAGACCAAGGACGGAGACAAAAGCAAGGAGCAAGGAGGCAAGAAAAAUAAAAACGCCAAAAAAGAAGCUGAAUCAGGAGGCGAUAAAGCUAAAGCUGUCUCACAGGCUCCCGCAAAAAAAGCAGUGGAGAACGGGAGCGAGAGUCUGACCCAAGAUGUUGAGAGGAACCGUGCCAAGUUCAUCAGCAAACAGCUGGGUGGAGGAAAACCAGAGAAGCCCAGCAAGUCCCCUAAACCCCAAGGGAAGCCAAAGGGGAAGGUGAACCGUGUGUGGGAUAUGGGCGGGAAGAGUUCUGGAGAUCUGGACUACAGUGGAACCAACGGCAACAACUCCAAUGACGCGAAGACAGAAGACAAUGAUGCAACAGCUGAACCGGCCAUCCAGGUGGAGUCGAUGAAAGGUGACCUGCGAGGUGUGGAUUACGAGUCCUCGGAUGAUGAGGAUGAAGAAGUGGAGGAGGAGGAGAAGAAGGUGGUGGUCACAAACGCUAAGAAGACAGGAGCUAAAAGGAGUGGUUUUGGGGGGAUGUUUGGGAUGCUGAAAGGCCUGGUGGGAUCGAAGAAUCUGACUCAAGAGGACAUGGAGCCAGUUCUGGACAAGAUGAAGGACCACCUCAUCGCAAAGAAUGUAGCAGCCGAAAUCGCUUCUCAGCUCUGUGACUCUGUGGCCAAGAAACUGGAGGGGAAAGUCAUGGGCACGUUCACCACGGUGGCCUCUACGGUAAAGCAGGCUCUGCAGGACUCGCUGGUGCAGAUCUUGCAGCCCAAGCGGCGCGUGGACAUCUUGAGAGAUGUGCUGGAGGCUCGUUCUCAGCGCAAACCCUUUGUCAUCACCUUCUGUGGGGUGAACGGUGUCGGAAAGUCCACCAAUCUUGCUAAGAUCUCUUAUUGGCUGAUUGAGAACGGCUUCACGGUUCUGAUCGCGGCCUGUGACACAUUCCGAGCCGGAGCAGUGGAGCAGCUGAGGACUCACCAGCGCCGGUUGAACUCUCUACAUCCACCUGAGAAACACGGAGGCCAGCCGGCCGUCCAGCUCUUUGAGAAGGGCUACGGCAAAGACGCUGCAGGGAUCGCCAUGGAGGCCAUUGCCUUUGCCCGUAACCAGGGCUUUGACGUGGUGUUGAUCGACACUGCUGGCCGUAUGCAGGAUAACGCUCCGCUAAUGACGGCUUUGGCCAAGCUGAUCGCCGUCAACACCCCAGAUCUGGUGCUGUUUGUGGGAGAAGCUCUGGUGGGCAAUGAGGCUGUGGAUCAGCUGGUUAAAUUUAAUCGAGCGCUGGCUGAUCAUUCCAAGUCAGACAAGCCUAGACUUAUUGAUGGCAUCGUCCUCACCAAGUUUGACACCAUUGAUGACAAGGUGGGAGCUGCUAUCUCCAUGACGUACAUCACAGGUCAGCCCAUCGUGUUUGUGGGCACCGGGCAGACGUACAGUGACCUGCGCAGCCUGAACGCCCGGGCCGUGGUGAGCGCACUGAUGAAGGCCUGAGAUCAUCCGCUUCUGCUGGCUCUCCACAGUGACCCUCUCAGCCAAUGUGUUGAAGUAAUAGGUGUUUGAUUGCUUUCCUACAGGUUUAACUGAAAUUCAGUUCAUAUUUAGGACUUUCGUGUUUUUGUUCCAGGAAAAAAAGUGUUUAAUUCAGUUUAAUGA